AUGUCUGCUGAGACUUUCCAUGCCGACUGGAUAGCGAAGGGCGAAGCGUCCUCUACGACGCCAUCAAAGGCUAAAGCGAAGUCGAAGUCGUCGCAGUCAUCAUGGCAAGCUCUUGGCGUGGCGCCGUCUCUCGUUCGUGCACUACAGUUGAGGGGCUUCAAGACUCCGACUCCGGUCCAACGUGCUUCUAUCCCUUUAACUAUCUCAAACCCGCCGAGAGAUGUUCUUGGCAUGGCGCGUACUGGGUCCGGCAAAACCUUAGCCUACCUCAUCCCCCUUCUGCACCGUCUCGGAUUUCGCCGCGAGGGUGCUGGCAUCAGAGCACUCAUUAUGUGUCCGAGCAGAGAACUAGCUGUUCAGAUUCUGAAAGCCGGAAAGGAUUUGUCUAGAAACUUGGCAACUGGAGUAUCUGACGCCCAGCCUCUGCGUUGGAGCUUGGUGAUGGGUGGCGAAUCUCUCGAUGCUCAAUUCGAAUCGAUUGUCAGCCGGCCAGACAUAUUGUUUGAAAUGGGUUUCGAGCAGCAGUUACACGAAAUCCUCCACCGACUGCCUGUUAACAGGCACAGUCUACUCUUCUCUGCAACCCUUCCGUCUUCUCUGGCCGAAUUUGCCAAGGCUGGGCUGAACAACCCGGAGUUCGUUCGCCUGGACUCAGACAUGCGAAUCAACCCAGACUUAGAUCUCGGGUUUUUCCAUGUUAAGCCUGAUGAGAAAGACGCCGGUCUUCUCUUGCUCUUGAGAGACGUUUUGAAGAUUCCAUCCAGAGCGGCAUCGAUCGACGCCGAUCGAGCAAAGGCGAUCAUUUUCGCCUCGACCAAACAUCACGUGGAGUACCUGUCUGUGCUGCUACAAGCUGCUGGGUACCGCGUGUCGUAUAUAUACGGCUCACUCGAUCAAGUUGCUCGUCAACAGCAGUUGAAGCGCUUCCGUGCUGCGGAGACGGACCUCUUGGUGGUAACGGACGUUGCAGCUCGAGGUAUCGACAUUCCCUCGAUUCCGCACGUCAUCAACUAUGACCUCCCUACCGGUGUGAGAGUUUUCGUCCACAGAGUGGGACGUACUGCGCGAGCUGGACAACAUGGUCAUGCCUGGACACUCGUGACGCGAGAUGAUUUGCCGUACAUGCGUGACUUGGAGAUCUUCUUGGAGCGCGAUUUUCUCAAGGACAAGGAAUCGUAUGGCAACCUUCCUCGCGACUCACUUGAGACCAUGCUUGAAUACGUCCAGCAGACGUUGGAUAUCGAAGAGUCGCAACUCCCCUCCCUUCGCGGGGUCAUGAGAAGAGGCCAAACCAUGUUUGAGAGAUCACGAGCUAAGGCUAAUAAAGACGCCUACAAGUACGUGAAGGAAAUUUCUGCCUCAGGUGGUCCUUCGCUUGUGCACCCAGUGUUUAGCUCGAAUGAGGCUCCUUCAGACUUGCAAGCUGCGGGGCGCGACAAACUGCUCGCUUCGAUUGAGGCUUAUCAACCGCACGAGACUAUCUUCGAAAUCGGCGCUCGCGGGAAGCAGGCAGCAGCCCAGCUGAUGAAGCAGCGCCGCGACACCAUAGCUCGUAGAAGGAGCCAACGUGCGAGCGCGCCUGACGACAACGCGAUGGAUCUGGAUGACUCCGAUGUUGACAACGAAAAGCCGCUUCCAAGAGCUAUCGCGAUCCUAAUUUCUAUCUACCUCAGGAGCGGGUGGAAACGAACAGAGAGAGAGGGAACCACAUUCGCGGAGCAAGCGCGGUCGGCGACCCUUGACUUGAACGCCGAUGAGGGCGAUGCGGCGCGCGCCCAGAAGGCAAGCCAACUCAAGUGGGAUCGGAAGAGGAAGAGAUUUGUCAAGGAUGCGCCGGGUGGCGACAACAAGAAGAUGAUCCGGAGUGAGAGUGGAGCUUUGCUACCCGCAACCUUCAAGAGCGGAAAGUUUGCCGAUUGGAAGAAGAGUCGACGUAGCCGCGCGGACCACGCCCUUGGAAGCGAGGCGCAGUCUGGCGGCCUUGCCACUGCUCACUCUAUUGUAAAGGAGCGGCGAAUCAAAGAGAAGGUUCGUCCCUUGUCAAACACCCCCACUAACAGCAGCGUCAGCUGA